UUUUUUCUCUUAUGAUUUUUUUUAAAUUUUUUUUAUAUAUUUUUUAUUAUUUUAUUUAUUAAUAAAUUUGGUGGCUAUUGUAUAGCCUCCUUUUAUAUCAAAAAAAAUCCACCUUAGGGGGAAGAGUGGCACGUUAUAGAACGCUCAUGGCAUUUUAUUAUUAAAAAAAUAAAUAAAUCGCCCAUGGAAAGGUGGUUCACCGGCGAAUGAUCUCGCGAUGAGGCCGUCGGAAGGCGUAGGAGAUGGCGGGGAAGAUGUCGCCGCCGGCUUCGCCGCCGAAGGAUUCAGGGAGAGUGGGAAGGACGAGGGCACCCAUCCGCCGGCCCUCCGGGCUCCGGCCCAUCUCAUUUCCCGGGUCUUCUCGCAGCUCGACUGCGUCGAUCUCCUCAACUGCUCUCUCGUUUGCAAGCAGUGGUAUAGGGAGUCUGCAGAGCUGAGGGAGGGUUGGAAGAAUGAAUACUUAGAUGCCUGGCAUCAUCUAUAUGGGCUGUGCAUUAAAAGAGAAACACAUCCACCAUCCUCCACCUGCUCAAUAAGAGGUGUGCGUAGUUGGUGUCCUUGAUUUUUUGUUCCUUGGUCACUAUUCCAAUGAGAAGAGAUGACAGUGUAAUGCAUUAACUAUGUAAAAUGAAAUAUUUCUGUAAACUUACAUGGGAUCUCCAAGGAAGAACGUAUGCAAUAUAUAUACGACUGUAGAUCCAUGAGGUGUGACAUGUUGUAGUUAUUGAUUGCAAUGAAUUAGUUCACAUGAAAAUUAGAAGGCUUAUGUGAAACUUCUGGUUUUCCAAGAAACAGAACAAUUUCAAAAUUCAUAAAGUAAAUGUAGCUUGGAUGCUAUUGAAUAA